AUGAAAAUCAGCAAGAAUAAGGGUCUCAAGCCUGAACAAGAAAAGGCUUCUAAUUCAAACAAUGGGGUGUUGAUGGAUUUCAUGAAGCUUUCAAAGGAUGACAAGGCUCAAGAACAACCAUCAAGUAAGGUGGUGGUUGAUUCAUCUCUUUGUGACUCUAAAGGAGCAGAUGAUGAGAAGAAUACAAAGGAAGCAAAGACUUUCUCAUGCAACUAUUGCAAGAGAGAGUUUUCUACCUCGCAAGCUUUGGGGGGACACCAAAACGCUCAUAAACAAGAACGUGCUCUUGCAAAAUGUGCCCAAGGCUUUGAUGUUGGUGGCUUUGGACACUUUCCUUACUACCCUUAUCCUAGUUUUUACAACUCUCAUUCUCCUUAUGGAGGAUCUUUCAAUAGGGCACUCGGGGUCCAAACUGAUUCCAUGAUUCACAAGCAUCCUUGGACCCCAAGGUAUGGUCAUUCUUGGUUGAAACAAGAUCGUGUGACGAUACCGAAUUCGUCAAUAUUUGAUGGGUUUGAAAUUGUGAAAGGUUAUUAUCCAAUUAUGAAGAGUGAUGGAACUCUUACUUUAAGGCAAGAGAAUGGUAAUGGUAAUGCCAAUGUUGGAACACUUUCUCUUUUUGCAAAUUAUGCUACCAAUUCAUCAAGCCAAGUCAUAAACAGUGAUGGCAAUGCCAAUGUUGGAACACUUUCUCUUUUUGCAAAUGCUGCCACCACUCCAUCAAGCCAACUUGGACACAGAGCAAUUCUUGCAACCAAAAAAAUUGAUGAUUAUUCCAUGCCAGAAGAAACCUCCAAAGGAGUAUCUUCCAAUCUUGAUUUGUCACUUAAGCUUUAA